AUCAAAAUGAAGAGUAGAUAGUAACUAAAAAAAAGAAAAAAAAAAUGAAGAACAGAUCAAAAUUCAAUGAAGAAUUGUAAACCUCGCUGAAAUUAAGCACCUGGGUUUGCCAACUAAUAUGAUGUCCGACGCUUUUGCCAACCCUAUUGCCAAUUUCCGGGUAUGAUUUUCGGAUUGUUACCGUGGAAGAUGAAAAGAAGGAGGGAGUUUUUCUUUCAAAAUUUCGAGUGGGAAGAUGAUGAAAUUGACAGAUUCCAGGGAGCACGUGGGUUUCUUUGGGCAACGGUUUUAGGGUUGACGUCCAAUUUGUGCUUGAUUGUUUUAUCUACUGCAGCGUUUGGGUUAAUCACCUUUUUGAUUCACUAGACUAGAUAGACCGAGAUAACACGAAAUUAUCGUAAUUAUUAAAAAAAAAAAAACUGUAAAUAAAAUUAAUGGUAAGUUAAGGGGAGGGGAGAAAAAAAGAAAGAAAAAAAGUCAUAAAAAUCCAAAUCCUCCUAUAACAAUCAGAAAUUUCCCACCAUUUCCCUCUCCAAUUGCACACCCUUAAUCCGAACUGGAAUCUCGUGAUUUGCAGUCAUUUCUGAUUUCAACUAAAACCGCCGCCCGGAAUAAAAAAAGCCAUGAAUAUCGGCACGAAGCGGAGACGGCAAAACACAAUGCACCAAAAGAAGAAAGAAUCUGUAUCACUGGAAAUGGAACCAUCCACAACUUCCAUAAACGAUCUCCCGGAGAGCAUCCUUGUCCACAUCCUUUCCUUCCUCCCUAUCACCUCCGCCAUCAAAACCGCCUCCGUCGCUCGGAACUGGCGCAACCUCUGGCAUUCCGUUCCGAUCCUCAAUUUCGACAUGGAAGAGUUCCAUUCUCAUAUCCCGGAGAAGACUAACCGGGACGCCCGCCAACUGUUUGCUGAAUUUACCAGCCGAACACUCCUCCACCGUUCCCGCCUUUUUCCGAUCGAGAAAUUCAAAUUGUCCUACAACUACAAGGAUUUUGAGUCCAUAAGGUACUCCGUUCAUUCCUGGCUUCGAUACGUAGUCAAUGCUGCAGCAACAGAGCUCGAUUUCGCAUUCAAUUCCUUUACGUAUCGUCCCUCUUUUAGGAAGGGAUGUGCGGGUGAAGAUCUAGAUGAUUAUGAAAAUCGCUGUUGGGAUCAUGAAAUGGCGCCUUAUGAUUUUCAUUUUUCUGACUUAAUUAAUAGCUCUGUUAAGGUUUUAAGACUGCGAAACUGUCACCUCUGUUUCCCUGUUAGAGCUUUAUCGUCCAUGAAGGUUAACUCUCUCAGGGAAAUAUAUUUAGAAUCGCUUGGUUCCACAGCUGAAGAGAUUGCAAACAUGAUGGCAUUAUGCGUUAACAUUGAGGUUUUAUCCAUUGCAAAAGUUCUGAAUAUACAGAAUCUGAAACUGGUAUCCCCAAAGCUCAAGUAUCUCAAGCUAGAAAACUUUUAUCAUAUCCAAACUGAGCAACAUUCAGUUGAGAUACGGGCUCCACGUCUGGAAACUGUAAUAUUUGAUCGUGCUUAUUGUGGAAGGUAUGCUUUGGAAGAUAUGUCGGCUUUGGUUGAAGCUCAUGUGACGUUUGACCGCAGAUUUUGGUGGGAAUUCGCAUGCUGGACUAACAUACUAAGCUGUCUUAGAGGUGUCACCCGUUUAACCACAGGAAACUUUUGGAGUUGGUUUCUGGUUCAUAUAGAUACUUUGAAGGAACCACUAAAUAGCAACCUUAAGCAACUAUUAAUGGAUGAUGAAGAUAAAGAGUUCCACGGAAAGCUUAAGGUCGGAGAGAAAUUCUUCUCAAAAACUUUUGCGUUUGACAAUCUCAAAAUUUUAGAACUUUUCACUUCGUACUCAAGACAUGAUCUUCUUGGCCUGGAAAUAUCAAUGCGGACAUGCCCACAGAUGGAGACUCUUGUCCUUGUCCACUAUUAUGAUUCAAACCAGGAUGGAGGCUUGCGUAAAAGUAAAAAGUUCAGGUUAAUCCAUUUUCAAAUACCUAGACUUAGGCUAGUCCAGAUGAAGAGGUACAAGGGAACCAAAAAUGAAAAGUGUGUUGCGAGCCUCUUGAAACAACACGGAGUUGUCUUGGAAAAGAUUGUUGCAUUUCCUGCAGAAGUGAAUCAAACAUCAUUGCCUUCAUUUGUUCUCUGACUACCUUCCUCACAAUCAAAUUAACCUGGAUCUGAAACUUGCUUUGAAGUAUGGGAAUUUCUUUUGGUUCUUCACUUUAGCAUUACAUUUCUGUGUGUUGAUGGAUAUUCUUUGAGGUUAUUUGUACAUUGGUUUUGUUUUUAGGUUUCUUUGCUAAAUGCUUGUAGGACUUCGAUCUGCACGAGCGGCCUUCAGAAAGGUUUGCAUAACCUAUUUUCUUGUGUGCUUGAAUUUCAAUUUCAGCGAAAAUUUUGAUACAUAUUAUCGAAUAGAACUAAAAUUGAACUGAAAUUAUCUAAAGCUGGAAUUGAUUGAAAUUUCAGUUGAGAGUCCUUUAGAGGUAUCAAACACCAAUUCUCCGAGAAAUCUGUAUCAAUAGUUGGCUUUGAAUCCAUCCACUGAUUUCCUUGUUAUGAGGCCAACAAGACCAUCUUGACAUUCACGUUCCCUUGAAACCCUUUUGCCCGUCCCAACUUAACAACCACUCUUUGGUAUUUUGCUUCGAAGGAAACUGAUUAUUGUCGAUCUUAACCGAUGGCAUGACGAAUGUAAACGACCUUCACUGAGCCCAUCCUACGAAUACAUAGCGGAGUUCCAACCUGAUGGAAUUUUCAUAUUUACAAUCUUUUUCUCUUCCACAAAGUUGUCGACCAUCUCGCCCAGAGCGCAACUCAAAGACAGCGAAAUCAAAUUCCUAGAAAUGCAGUCACCUUGUUUGCUAAUUUUCGAAGCCUUGGUUUUAAGUCUGACACUGAAAAAAAAUUCAUGAAUACGUGCAUCGACCAUCCAAAUCUGAGGAGUUUGUGGACUCAAAACGAAAUUCUUUUCUGUGUAUGCUAGAUAUUGUAGUUCUCUAAAUUUAUUCAUUUAUCUGGCACCAACGCCAUCGAAACCACUGCCGUCUAGAAAACUAACAGGAUCGAGCACAAGCUGUUUGCUGAUUUUAUUCGCCAAAACACUCCUCCACCGCCCCCGCCCAUCUCUCGAUUGUGAAAUUCAAAC